AUGUACCAGAGCCUGGCGUUGGCCGCGAGUCCCGGCCAGGCCGCCUACGCGGACUCGGGCGCCUUUCUGCACGCGCCAGGCGCUGGCUCCCCGGUGUUCGUGCCGCCGGCGCGCGUCCCCUCCGUGCUGCCCUACCUGCCGCCGUGCGAGCCGGGCCCCCAGCCCGCCGCGCUCGCCGCGCACGCCGCGCACACCGGCUGGGGGCAGGCGGCCUCGGCAGACUCUCCGGCCUUCGGCUCCGGCAGCCCGCGCGCGCCGGUGUCUCAGCCGGCCGGGGCCACCUCCUUCUCCUUCGCGCACAGCCCCCCGGGGCUCGGCAGCGGCGGCGGCGGCGCGGGGAGCCGGGACGGCAGCACCUACCAGGGCGCGCUCCUGGCUCGCGAUCAGUACCCGGCCCCGCUCGGGCGGCCUGUGGGCGCCUCGUACCCCGCUGCGUACCCGGCCUACGUGAGCACCGAGGUGGCCCCGUCCUGGGCCUCUGGACCCUUCGAGGGCAGCGUCUUGCACAGCCUCCAGAGCCGCCCGGCCGGUUUCCCUGGCCGCAGAGCCGCCUUGGUGUCCGACUUCUUGGAGGAGUUCCCCGGCGAGGGCCGCGAGUGUGUCAACUGCGGAGCCCUGUCCACGCCGCUGUGGCGCCGUGACGGCACCGGCCACUACCUGUGCAACGCCUGCGGCCUCUACCACAAGAUGAACGGGGUCAACCGGCCGCUCGUGCGGCCCCAGAAGCGCCUGUCCUCCAGCCGCCGGGCUGGCCUCUGCUGCACCAACUGCCACACGACCACCACCACGCUGUGGCGGCGCAACGCGGACGGCGAGCCCGUGUGCAACGCCUGCGGGCUCUACACGAAGCUGCACGGGGUGCCCCGGCCCCUGGCGAUGAAGAAGGAGAGCAUCCAGACGCGGAAACGGAAGCCAAAGAACGUGGCCAAGACCAAGGGCUCCGCAGGGUCCACGGGCAAUGCCGCGGCCUCACGGCCGUCCUCUGUCCCCAACCCCGAGAACACAGCGGCCACCUUGAAACCCGAGCCCGGCCUGGCGGCCCCUGCCUGCCCUAGGCCCAGCGUCGCCUCACAGGCCCCCAGCCAGGCGGACGAGCCCCCGGCCCCCAGCCACGUGGAGUUCAAGUUCGAGCCCGAGGACUUCGCCUUCCCCUCCGCGGCCCUGGGCCCCCAGGCCGGCCUUGGGGGAGCCCUGCGCCAGGAGGCCUGGUGUGCACUGGCCUUGGCCUAG